CACUAUGUGAUUACUGCUUAUUCUCUCAGUCUGUUCGAGUGCCCCUGACUGGGGAGAGGUGUUAGUAAAUUGCGCGCUUUUCGAGAGCAGUAAGUGGAGCCAAAACAUUGAAUGUGUUGUUUAAAAUGAUGGGGCCACGUUUCAGACAAGGCUCUUGCCGACUCUGUUUAUGGGAAUCCAACAGUUUGUGGGAUAUAUUUGGAGAAUUGGCAGAAAGACGAAAUUUCGCUCGGAAAAUCCAAGCAUGCGUAAACAUAAUUGUGUCAAAGGAUGAUGGUUUGUCGUCGCUUAUCUGCCCCAACUGCAUAUACAAAAUUGAGUUAUUCUAUGACUUCCAAACAAGUUGCAAGAGGUCUGACGACUUACAGAAGCGCUACAAUGGAGUGGAGGACGCUGGUUGUGGAGAUCGUGAUGCUGCGGAAGAUGCACUUGCGGGUACGGCUCUGCACUGCGCCGUCUCAAAUAGCCACAAGGACGCGCAGGGUCCUUUGGAGACGAUAGACAUCAAAGAAGAGCCUAUAGACGACGACGACGAUGAGGCGGCGGUAGAGGGCGUGGGCGACGAGCAAUUCGAGGAUGCCGAAGUGGAAAUAGAGGUGGUGGCCGUGGCACAGGACAGGACGCCAGAGGGCACCACGGCGACGGAGCAGCAGCAACAGCAGCAGAAGGAAAAGGGCAGGGGGGAGGAGGUGGUCUCUGGGAACGGUAGCUGCCUGCAGCUGACUCCGCCGCGGUCGCCGUCUGUCGCGUCUGAAGCGACAUCGGAGUCGGGCAGCUCGACAGAAAGAAACUCGCCCGAGCAGCAGCAGCAGGAGGGGGAGGAAAUGGCGGAGGGUCGCUGCUCCGACCUCAGUAGGGAGGGCGGCGGCAGCAUCUGCAGGUACUGCGCCAAGUGGCACCCCGACCCACAAACCUGCCAGGAGCACGAGCGCAGCUGCCCACGCCGGAGCAGCGCAGACGACGACCAUCAUCAUCAGCAGCAGCAGCAGCAGCAGCAGGAGGAGGAGGCGGCGGCGGUGCCGCGGCGGCCGCCGCCGCCGCCGGGCAAGUACUCAAACAGGUGCCGCUUCUGCACCAAGUGGUUCCAGAAGACGAGCGUCUGCCGCGUCCAUGAGAGGGAGUGUGGCCCGCAGCACGGCUACGCGGCGCCUGAGCUGGUUAGCGGCCGCGGCUCCGGCAAACGCUGCCGCUCAUGCUCGGCGCUCUUCCUGUCUAAAGCUGGCCGCAGCAUCCACGAGUACCACUGCUUCCGCCGCGAGCGCCAGAUCCAGAGCGGCGUGCUGCCGCCGAUCGCGCCCGGUGCCGCAGAACCGCAGUCCCAGAGCGCAGCGCUGCGCGGACUGCCGCCGACGCCCAAGUACUGCAACCAGUGCCGCUUCUGCCGCAGGUACUUCCCGCGUGUGUCGUUGCGCCGCAUCCACGAGGCCCAGUGCGGCCCCCGUUUCGGCUACCGGCCGCCGCCGCCGACGACGACGACGACGACGACGACGACGCCACAGACGCUCCCCAGCCCUCCCUGUGAGGGCGCCGGCGAGAGGCAUUGCUCCUACUGUGGCAAGCGGUUCAAGACGUUGGCGGGUCGCAAUGGGCACGAGUACUAUUGCCGGCGCCGCUCCCUCCCGACGCGUCACAACCUGGCCGCCAAUCAGUGCCGCUACUGCCACGCGCGCUACCUCUCGCGGUCGCAGCGCCUCUCCCACGAACUCUCGUGCGCCGAGGCCUCCGGAUGGCUGGAUGGGCCGAAGGCGGACGCUGCGUUGCAGGCAGGUGGGAGGGAUGUUGUCAAGUGCCGCUACUGCGGCAAGGGCCACCUCAAGUGGCGGUCGCUGCUCACGCACGAGUUCCACUGCCGACGUAAGGCGCCGCCGCGUGUCGAGGCGGACUCGCAGGUGGCUGCGGAUGCGGACUCGCAGGUGGCUGCGGAGGCGGGCUCGCUGGUGGUUGCGGAAGCGGACAUGCAGGAUGCUACGGAGGCGGCUGUGGAGGUGGUGGAGCCAUCAGCACCGGAGGUGGCGAAGGCACCAGCACCACCUGGUGAUACAGUCAGCUGUGGUGACAACGAAAAGGACGAGAGUGUCAGUCCUUCAGGCAGCACUGCGCCUGGAGACAAGAGGCAGGGCCCACUCAAUCGUUGCAGUCGUUGCCAUAAGUGGUGUAAGACAAAGCACGGCCGGAAGGUGCACGAGGCAUAUUGCUCGCGCAAUUUUCAUAUGACUAUUGCAGGAAGGUGGUACAAGUGUUCGUAUUGCUCUCGAGUCUUCCUCAGACGUUGUUCUUGUGUCAUGCACGAGCGUCACUGUCCCCAGGCGACAGACCGUACGUGCGACUCUGGUACAGUCGGUCAUGCAGCUGUGUCUGUUGUGCCAGAAAGACGAGAGCAGCAGUUAGAAUCGACUGCCUGUGACGGUGCACAGUUACAUGGUGGAUCGACGGACGAACAGGAAGUAAUACUUACAGGGCUGUCACAGUCAGAACGGAAGAGGAAGAAUGUGGACAGUCCGUCGUGUCUACCGUCGGCUGCUAAUGCCAAAGAAAUGGACGUCUGCAUGUGCCGGUAUUGCGACAAGACCUUCAAGUACCGCGAGUGCCUGCGUACCCAUGAAGUGAAAUGCGGUGCAAUUGCUGCCUACCAGUAUAGCACCCCGCACCACCGUUCACCCACCUUCUUCACGUGUCCUCUCUGCCGCAAGGCCUUCAAGUUCCGCAGAAAGCUCCACAAUCACUGGAAAGUCUGCAGGGCACGCACUUCUGUCGUAGCUGAAGCGGCUGAACUGAACGGGGAAGAGAAAUCGACACGGGCCGUACCUGAGCAACUAGAUGGAAGUGGGGGAAGCGGAGGAGUAAUGGCGCCAUUUGGCACAGAGUCGUCUCCGGGUGAAGACCGUGUGGAGUGGCGCGGCUGGCCCAGCGGCUACUCCCAGACAGUUUUGGACUCCCUUACCGACGACGACAAUGUCACCAGUGUGGCAGACUCGUCCGGGCUCAGCUGCAAGCUCUGCCACAAGGAUUUCUGCUCAAGGGUGCUGCUAGAGCUUCACACACUAAACGAAUGUGUCUACCAGCGCAUCCGCAAUGACCACGCCUAUGCCCAGUGUGAGUCACCCAGUGUCGACGAGUCCACACUGAUGCGCAUGGCCAGAGUCGAGCUGCAGCGGCUGCUGCUCUGCUCGUGCUGCGGCCGUAUCUUCGGUGAUCGGCAGGAACUGUCAGACCACGAGCUGGCCGAGAGGCAGAGGCAGGGUCAGACCUCAACAGAGGCUCAAGAUCAGUCUUCAGGAGACCUCGAGGCCACCCACGUGCAGAAGAGGAUAAAACUCACAGAGGCGACGCGCGAGUUGGGUCUACAUCUGCAAGGUAGAGGACAGCAAGAACACAACUGUAGGGUGGAGCAGCUGAUGGCAAAUUAUCAGGCAGUUCCAGCAACUGAUAAACUGGAGGAUGCAGACAGCAAGCGAGAAUCAAAUAAAAACUGUCUUCUGCAGGAAAUUCUUCUGGAUGGUGAUUGCCAGCAAUUCCUACAGAAACUCACUUCUGAAGAAAAGAUGAAACAGGUCUAUUCAGAGGAUAGCGAUCAGAAGCUGGAGAUAAAAAAAGAAGAAAUUGAUUUCCAGCACCUGGAAAGGCAGCAUUUGGAGAGUGUGAAUGGUGAACGAGGAUUGAGUAACAAAUCAGUGUUUCAGAUACUGGUCAAAAAUAAUAGUGAUUGUAAGGAAGAACAUCUUAAAGAUGACCCCGGUAAAAAGGUUCCUUCCACCAGCAGUGGACUAGAACAGGGGAGCCAAAGAGUAAUUGUUCAUCCGCAGCAUCAGGAAUGUAUCUCGGAUGAUGACAAAUGGCAGUUGCAGAACAAAAUGCCAAAUCUGGCUCAUUUGCUGCAACAACAGUGACCGGAGGGUCCAAACAAUAGGCAGAAUGACCAGAAGUGCAGUGAAGAGCAUGGCAGGGAGGAAACAGCACACAGGAAGCAGUGACCAAAGAUUACCAGGAGCUGCAAUACCAUCCACUGUUACACGGACAAGGAGGCAAUCUUCCGUAGGGUUUGUGUAAUGGUCAGGACUGUUAGGCACAGAAUGGAAGUGCAGCCACUGUUCCUUAUAUUUUGCCAUCAUAAGCCACUUCUGCUUCAGUAUUAUCGAAGGCUGUUAUACGGGUGGUGUAAGUGCAGAUCCAGUGGUAGAAAAAUCUCUUCUACCCCAUGCCGUCUCACCCUUGUGUGGACAUAUUGGAUUUGAAGGGGUACUAGCUACCUGGACCUGUCGUCUUGGCCUUGCGUUUUUUGCUCAUUUGUAUGUCAUGAUUCCUGACAAGCACCAGCAGAGGAAGGACCUAAACUUGUGUCCUGUUCAAUUGUCAACUGCACAGCUUUUCAACUAGUCAACAGCUAAUGCUUUGUCCUAACAUUUGUGUCGAUUUUGGAAAGCAGUCACUCAUCUUACACUCUCUCUGGAUUCUUUUUAUUUUUAAUUUGUUGAUAUACUGGGCUGAAAAUGGCUGUGAAAGAAUGUAUUUUUUUCCCUAGUUCACAGACAUGCAGGAAUGUCACUAUAAUUAUCUGAAAAGUGUGUGUGUUUGUCAAUUGUUGAUGUAUGGAAAGGAUGAUGAUCCAUGAAAUAUUGUCCAUAUCCCUGUUUUGUUCUGUAAUGUAUGUAGAAAUACCAUAAUUUUUGUAACACUUUUUUUGAAAUCAUAUAAUAAAUGAUUCAAGUUUUUUUA